AUGUCUGACAUAACUGACAUUGCAGAGCAUCCUCAUAGAAGGUCAGCAAGACCUGCAGAUCCUCCGCAUCUCCGCUAUCCCACUCUUCCUCCGCUCAGUGUUUCCGUCGAAGAGUGGCUGUCUCAGUCUCGACCGGCAAAUAUGACUUCGAGCUUACACGUGGAGCGUCCGGAAAGCUCCCUCAGCGAGAGCUGGGCAAACCUGAGUGUCUCUGAUAUUCAUUCUGAAGAUGGCACACAUUCCGAACAGACCGAUAUUGGCUCCCUGAUCGAUCAGAACGGUCCUGAUGACGUUACCAGUCUGGACGGACAAGAGACCAAUAGCGAGAUCGACGGAAACGAUGAUGAGCAGAGCAAUAUUUCGGAAUCCCAGGAGCUUCCACCUCUCUUCGCCCGUGUGAAGGAUGGUAUAAAUGACAGUAACAUCACCACGAAAGCUGCCUUCCAGCCUACGGAUUCGAUCGAGUUCAGAGAACCAGAACAAUGGCCUGGAGUUGAGAGAGUUGAAUUGAAGCAUACUGUGCGAGUCCUUGAUGGACUGGAGGCCUCAGAGCUGAAGGAGCACCUUUCUCCUCAGCCUGAACAUUCUAGCCUGUUGGUGACCGUCCAGCAGACGAUGACAAAACAAGGUCUCGACUUGGACAAGCCGUUCCGUGUGCUAUACGUAGGGAACCCAGAUUUCAGACAUAUCAUUCUAGACAAGAUUGGAGACAUUCUGGUGUCCAGCUCCAACAGUGACUUCGAAUGCAGCUCGACCGAAUCAUCCAGAUACCAUGUCGUCCCUACGUCCUUUGGGGCUGGAGCUACUCCAAACUAUGCAGAACUGCUUCCAAUCCACGUGCAGCUGGUUGUUGACGAGUGCGUUGACGCGACACUGACACCGCAAAUCGACUCACCAAGCAGAAUCGAUCUCCAGUUCAAGAACAGAGCACCGUGCACUUCAUCAUGGGCAGGAUCUGAAUACCAGAUUUCAUCCCCCGCUGAAUGGACACUACCAGAUCUAGCCAUCUUUUUGAUAUCUGGCAAGGACGAUGACCACGCAGUGAUGACGCGGCAAUUGGCACAUACCUUUGUGAAGAGACACGCUAUCCCGACGAUGGCCAUCUCGGAUGAACCCUUCUGGAAAAAGCCCGCUGAAAUAAUACCCUUGGACUACCACAGUCUUCAUAUGUGCUUGGAGUCCCGCCAUUCUUUGACAGGUGAGAGCGUUGUCCUAAGAAGAUACCCGAUCGAUUUGAAGACCUUCGAGAGCAUCACCCCUGGACAGCUCAACCGAAACCUAGCCUCCCUCUGUGGCCUUUAUUCCACCAAGGCCUCCAAUGAUCCCGAUCUGAGCCGAAUGUCACAUCCAUACACGCGGUUCGUCGAUAGUGAGAAGUACCCGAAACACAUGAUUUCUUCGCCCAGCGCUGGCCGUGUACAUGAAUUAAUUCCACACUUACGUAUCGUUACUCUCGCCAUAGUGUCUGCUAUUGCCAUUUCUCUCGGACUUUCAGCUCUCAGGGCUACAAGUGUAUUUUUCUUGCAGCAAUUUGCUCGCUCUUCUGCACCUAGCAUCUAUUCUACCUCUUCCGCUAUUGUUUCCACUACAUGGCCGCCUCUAUCAGAGAAAUCGGGCGAGACGUCACUCGCAGUGAUGACUUCUCCAAUUGAAGUGCAUGUUUCGAGUUACGGAUACGAAGAUGCCUCAGCGGCCGAAGAUAUCAUGGGAGCCGCUCUAGCCGUCACAGAUCAACCUGUGAGACCUGACAAGUUCCAGGUGCAGGCCAUCGGAGACCGUCAUGUCAUUAUCAAGCCCCCUCCGAGCGUCGCAUCCGGCCGGAAGCAGCCAAAGUUCAAUUUGAAUGUUGCCAAGGGCGACCGAUCCCUUCCGUACGAGCUUUCCAAGCUGUUCGAAGGCGUGUACACGCUAAAGCUAGAUAGAGAAGAUGCAUACGGUCUGAUCAACGUUACAACCACCGCCUCCAGGCCACAUAUUGAACAGGUCACCGAGGUCGACUUUGGCACACCAUGGCUGAAAGUCGCAAAUUGGAAGAAAGCAGCCCAUGCUAUUUCUUCCCAGCUAGCCAAGGACUUGAGCGCAGCUCAGACAGGGCUUUCUGAGGUCUAUGGUCGUCUCAGCACGGAUUUGCAAGUGUGGAUUGGCGACGCUACCAAGAAGUCGCAUCUUCUACGUCGGGAGGCGGAAACGCUGGGCCGCGGCUCCGUACAAUGCUCCAAGGAGACUAGAGAUGCGGUUCUGUCAAGGUCAAAGGAGUUGUCCGAGCUUGUAAGGCGCAACACCGUGCAGGGGCUCUCGACGGCCUCGUCAGCCUUACAGGGCCGGACACGGACCAUCAACAAAGAGAUCAAGGAAUUGGCGAACGAUAUCUGGAAGAGGAUGAGUCUCUCGACACAACAGUUUCAGCUAAACAGCCUCAACGAGCGGUUUCGGGAUUUACGGCAUUACAAGCCUUUGGCUAAGGCGCAGAUGGGAGCGCGCAGUCUGAUGAAGAAGGAAUCGCACGGACAUGUCAAGUCGGCAAAACCAAACCGCCACGAUCGUAAAGGUGGCCAUCGUAGAUGA